GUGGGGCUCCACUGAGCCUGGGGUGCAUCAAGCCUUUCCAUGGGGCGGGACGUCUUGUCCAAAGGCUAGCACUAGCCUCGGUUAAAUCCCCUAUAAAAGGCUCCUGCCCUGCUGACCUGGCACUGCACACCCCGCUUAGCAGCCACUUGCCUCAUCCUGCCUGUGCAUUAGCUGGACUCCCAAGAUGCCUCAGUUACUGCGAAACAUUAACGGGAUCAUUGACGCCUUUCAACGCUAUGCCAGGACGGAGGGCAACUGCUCAGUGCUCACCCGGGGAGAGCUGAAAAGGCUCCUGGAGCAAGAGUUUGCUGAUGUCAUUGUGAAACCCCACGACCCAGCCACUGUGGAUGAAGUCCUGCGCCUGCUGGAUGAAGACCACACGGGGACUGUGGAAUUCAAGGAAUUCUUAGUCUUAGUAUUUAAAGUCGCACAGGCCUGUUUCAAGACAUUGAGUGAGAGUCCUGAGGGAGUGUGUGGACCUCAAAAGUCUGGAAGCUUCCCCACUGGGGCCUCUCCAGAGCUGGGAGAAGCAGAGAAAAGUGUCACGGAAGUGGAAAGCUCUGGGGAAAAACAGCAUCAGGAGGGGAGCAGUGGUAGACAGAGCAGGCAGGCUGCCAGAGGGCAGGGUAGGACUGGGGUACAGACCCACAGUCAGGACAUCAGCUCUUCUCAGGUCAGUCACCACGACAGGCAGUAUGAGUCUCAGAGACAGGACAAAGAGAGCCAGCAAACACAAGCAAGGGGAGGUGUGGAGCCAAGCCAGAGAGAGGGAAAAGAUCAGAGGCCCCAGACCAGAGAAAGGGUGUCAGAGAGGCAGUCACAGACUGGGGGACAGACCAGAGCCCCCCAGGCAAGUGAGAUCAUUGCUGGAACCACAACUGAGACCCAGACAGGUGCCACUGAGACCAAGGGGCAGGACAGGAGACAGUCAACAGCAAACACCAGCACCCAGCCACAGGAGUCCACCCACAGCCAGAACAGGGGGACUGAGACCCACAGUCAAGACAGGAGCCAGACAGGACACACUGUUACAGGAGGACAUGUUCAGACACAGGGAAGAGGACAUGUUCAGACACAGGGAAGUGCCACCAAGACUGUAGAACAGGACAGAAGUCAGCUGACAGAAAACACCAGCACCCAGCUACAGGAGUCCACCCACAGCCAGACCAAGGGGACUGAGACCCACAGUCAAGACAAGAGCCAGACAGAACACACUGUUACAGGAGGACAUGUUCAGACACAGUCAGGGUCACAUAUCCAGGUCAUGAAUCAGGACACGAGCCAGACUUCAAGCCACAUAGGGGCUAGAGAACAGAGACAGACCCAGAUACAGCCAAGCUGUGGUCAAAGAUGCACACAAGUGAGCAGCUAUGAGGCAGAAGAGACCACACGAGGAGGACAGGCCCAGCCUGGCACAAGCACUAUAAAAGGCAGACAGGACUACAGCAGUACUCACCCAAAGGGCAGUGUGACAGGAGGGCAGGGAGGGACAGAGCCCUUGGUAAUUAAUUGGGAGGAGUGGGAUGAUGACCACAUGAGGGAGACAGUAAUCGGAAGGCAGGCCCAGGGCAGCCUGCACACUGGCACCCCUUCAGUGCAGGGCCAGGAGGCAGCAGAGCCAGAGGGGAAGCGAGUCUUCACAGCCAAGAAGCUGUAUUCCUACUUCAAAAGCAACAAGCCAUGAGUGUCCAGCUCCAGAAGAAGACAGCUGGAGAGGCAUUGGCUUGGCCUGCCCUGGCCAGUUCAGCUGGCAUGUCCCUGGACAUCAGAGCUUAACAGACAUGGUGUUUCUCUCUAAGGUCUAUCUCAAUGAGGCCAUUUCUGCAAGGUGCUUUCUAUCCUAAAUUUUCUCCCUUGCCUGCUUUGCUGUGCAGACCCUCUCAGAAGCAGAAGACACAGAGCAAGUCAUCCCUUUCCUCAGUGUUCCUCAGCUUAUGGGCUUUUUCAGAGCUACUUUUCUCUCUGCCAUCUAUCCACUGCCCCAUCUAUUCUAAUGCAUCAAUAAAACCUGUGUAUGCAACUGG